GAAAAAUAGAGACAAUGUUGGGUCUUGAAUACGAAGAUUUCGCUCUUCUUGAAUCGAUUCGAAGGCAUCUAUUAGAUGAAUCGGAAUUAUCGACAACUCGUUCGAUGAAUUUGACGGUAAGGAACUCCAGUAAUGCUCCGGUGUAUUGUAAGAGAUCCAGUUCCAGUAGCACUAGUCUCUUCCCUUGCUUGACUGAUAACUGGGGAGAUCUGCCAUUAAAGGUGGAUGACUCGGAGGAUAUGGUGGUCUAUGGUGUUCUCCGUGACGCCGUCAAUGCUGGAUGGAAUCCGUCCCUCUCGGCGGACUCAUCAAAUAGCAGUAGCAGCGGCAGCAGUAGCGAUGUCAGUGAUUUGACUGAGGUUAUCGUUAAAGCAGAGUCUCAAGAGACGACUUUUGGCGCCGUAUUUCAGGCCAAACCGACGGCUUCAGUUUCGGCUUCGGCUUCGGCUUUGGCUUCAUCCACUGUGACUACUGCAUCAUCGACGGCACCGGAGAUAACUUCAAUGACGGCACCAACUGCGGCUUCAUUGAAGAGGAAGCAUUACAGAGGAGUACGACAACGGCCAUGGGGGAGAUUUGCGGCAGAGAUCAGAGAUCCGGCGAAGAAUGGAGCUAGAGUUUGGCUUGGUACGUUCGAGCUGGCUGAAGACGCUGCGUUGGCAUACGAUCGAGCUGCUCACAGGAUGCGCGGAUCCAGAGCUCUGCUAAAUUUUCCGCUUCGGCUCAGCUCAGUCGAUUCCGAACCGGCUCCUGUAACCUCGAAGAUAUCGUCUCCGGAGGCUUUGUCUUCAUCGGCAUCGGCAUCGGCAUCGUCAUCGUCAUCGUCAUUUGUAUCAGACAACGGGCCUCCUAAGAGGAGGAAACGAGGUGUGGUUGCUUCAUCUGCGGUGACAGCUCAAACUGGGUUAGAAACAGUGAGCCGACCGGCUGUGCUCCAUGGCAUCUUGUAGGACCGACCACUUAGAUAUCGCGAGCAGCUUUUGAUGAGUUAAUUCUAUAUAUAUAUAUAUAUAUAUAGAUAGAGAGAGAGAGAGAGAGAGAGAGAGAUUUAGCAUAAGCAAAGCCAAGCAAAUCACAUCUUCCUUCCAUAGUUUUGCGGGGUAAGUAGACAAAAAAGAUUGAUCGGAGAGUGAAAGGCCCGGCUUGAGAGAGAGAGAGAGAGAGAGAGAGAGAGAGAGAGAGAGAGAGAGAGAGAGAGAAGUGUCCAUAUGAUCUGAAUAUAAGAUUAAGAUUUGUGAUUGAUUAAAGAACAAUUUCUUAAAAUUAAGAAUCUAACAUGUGAAUCAUACACCUUUUAGCAGGGAAGGAGAUGAAUGAAGAUAACACAGAGAGGAACUCUAAUUUAAAAGAAAAAAAAUAUAUAUAUAUAUAUAUAUCCAGUUAUCCACUUUUAAAUUCAUUUUCCAUUAGAGUCUUAUCGGCUUCUUCAGCCACAAAGUAGUUGGAUAGUAUUAUAUUGAUAGUGCAUCAACAAGAAGUCAGGGCCAAGAAAAUUUUGCUAAUAUAGACCUCAGUGAGUUCUAUGAAAAACCUUGAAUCAAAUGAAAUGGAGCAAAAGGGAGAAAAACUAUUUUUGAAUUUCUGAAACAAAGCUCAAUGAAUUGUGAGCUACACUGCUACCCUAGUGUUAUUCUAUUUUCACACUAGUGUUACUCUAUUUUAGUGAAAAUAAAACCAAAACAUUAACAAUUGGAUAAGCAUAAAUGAUAAGCUUUAGUUCAACUUGUAUUUUGUUCUAGGACACUUGGAGUGAUGACAUGGCCAAUCUGAAUUGCUUGGGUGGAUAAUGUGCCUUUUGGAUUGGACAAAUGUCAAAUUUAUGUUUUAAAAAUCUAAUACAAUGAUAUGGAUGAUCAUGGAUGAGAUGUUUCCCUUGCAA